UACGCCAUAGGUUUUAUUUAUACUAGCUUUCCUAAUGCCUGGACAUCAAGUCGUAUUUCUAAUUCAUCAAAAUUAUGUGCGAAACACAACUGAAACAGACGGAAAGCGAUGGAAAGCCGACAUAUAUAACGUUGUGUGUAAACUUUUGCUCAAUUUCCAAAGCUCUACUGCACAAGCUCUUAACUGGAAUCUAAAAACUGGUCGAGUUGAGAAUGAAAACGAGCAGUUUAAGUGGGGGUACAAGUUUGUGAAAACUGGUGGCAUUAGAUUUCAUAAUUUAUGUGAUUUCAAGAAACUAACGUACGAGAACUUUGACCUAUUCAAGCAAGAAGUUGACUAUGAUGACGAAGAGGAAAUAGACUACAGUGCUCAUACUUUAGCAGAGAAUCUAAUCACUUUAGCGCAUGAUUUUCACUGGGAUCAGCAAGAAAUUGUUUCCCCAGUAAAACCACUACGUAAAAGAUGCAGCCGAGACAAUGACCAAAUAAGGAAACGACGAAGUAAUGGCAAGUAUCAGGUUGGUUUUGCCGACAACACAACAGGCAGGAACUUUGUGUUCAUUGUUGGCCCUGUCCCAACAACUAAACAACAACUCAGCGACUACUUUGGUUGGAACGUUGACACCGUUACCGAGGCAACCAGGAUUUUAAUGCCGAGUCAUCUUUCUCAACAUUUCCGGGAAAAACAUGACAUUCAGUUAUUUUGGCUUGACACAAACAAGAAGAACACUGUUGAUGUUGAUGUUAGUCAAAAUGGCAAUACAACAGGAUUAUCGGUCAUUGAGGAAUUUCUACAAAACAAUUGUGGAUGUGUUGUACCUGUAUCGUAUCUAAAUGAAACACUCUCUAUUAGCAAACAGGAUUUUGAUGACAAAGAAUCAAUUCUCAACAUAAACCAUCACAAACCGGAAAACAAUUUCUUUAAAUCAGUUUUUCCGACUUCAUUCAAAUUUCGCCACCUUAGAUCGAGAACCAAAGUAAAACAUGAAACAGUUGCUUCAUUCACCAUUCCCGGACAAAGUACUACAGUUAAUGCACUGUGUGUUCCAUACUUUACAUCAAACACACUUUGUGGUCAAAGCACAUCCAUGCAAAAGGAAAAUUUAUCAGAAAAUUCAUCUAAAAAUCAAUCAAAUACAAUUGAACAACUCAACAAGUUAAUUUCACUGGAACUUGUGAAAACUGAAGAUGGUUUGAUCUCUUUAAAAUGUCAUCCCAAGUUUCAAAUAUUAGAAGAACAUAAUUCAAGUGAAAGACAUUUCAGAAUAACUGGGAAACUGCUAACAUCAUCUGUUCCAUUCACAAAGUUAACGGGGCAAGGCAUAAUGUGUAUAUUCUGUGAACCAACCACAGGUUUAAGCGACACAGCGCACACUGUGUAUGCUGUGAAGGAAACUUGUCAAUUUUGCACUAACGGAAAUACUUGUGAAUGCACCAACUUCCACAAACAUGGAUUACUUCAAGUCUUGAGCAGAAACACAGCAACUGUUUCAUGGAUAAGAGAAAGUCAGCAAACUUCCGUUUUCAACUUUGUUCAUCAGUCCUUAAAACAAGACAAUUCAACUGAUGAUGUCAUAAAAAAUCCAACUGAUGAUGUCAUCAAUCUAUCUGAUGAUGUCAUAAAAAAUCCAACUGAUGAUGUCAUCAAUCUAUCUGAUAAUGUCAUAAAAAAUCCAACUGAUGAUGUCAUGAAUCUUAUUCGUUCCAAAUUAAGCACGAUAACAUCAUCCGAAGCUCAUGAAACAGACAAAGAAAGUGAAACUGACAAUAUUAAAAAAGAAGUGAUUGCUGAAGCAUUUGCACCAAGUAUGCUAGAGGUGUGGUAUGAAAGGUCUUCAAAAUCUGAUCACUUCAAAGCGUUCAGUUUAAAUAUGAGGUCAGGACAACCGGUGGAUUCAGGAGACCAACAAUUCAGAAACUCGGUUCUCUCAAAUUUGCAAGAAAUAUACAAGUUUAACCCUCAUGAUGAUAAAGAGCAAUUAACUGGAAAUUCAAAAUCUGUGAAGAAAAGCAUCUGUAAUACAUUGCAAGAUGUAUGCGAUGCCAUGUUGUUUGAAUACAAGGUGUUUCAAGACAAUCAUCCAACCAGUAACGAACAAUGCGUGAAAUAUGCAAAGACCAUUAUGCAACUAUUAAAGGGAUAUUGUGACAAACAAGAUAUUCCCGUUGACAGCGAUGAUGUUGUGAAGAUAUUAAAGAAGAUCUUCAUCCCUGCUUCCAAUAUAAGGAAGAAAAAUGUGGAAGCUGAUGAGAAGACUGCAGAGUGCAAACUACAACUUCUGUUAAGACUUGAAUGGUUGAGUUACAAAUCUUUGAAGUCCGGAUGCAACGCAGAUGAUGAGGCAACUGAAGAGAUCACUCAACUUCUCAGAGCAAUCUCCAUCUCACAGGGAGUGGAAAGAAUGGCAACUUUCCUGCAAGAAUCGAUUGUUGAAAAUUAUGCGAAAACAUGUGGUCGGCUGUUGAACGAAGUGCAUGGAGACCUCAUGUUGAGGAUACCUGAAGUAUUAGAAGAAUACUCAGUGGACAUGAGCAUUGAUGAUAGUUUCUAUGGCCCCUUAUCCAACACAGGGAGUAUUAAGGCACCAAGCACUGGACCUUUCUCUGCACAAAGCUCCGUUAAUAGCCAGUGUUCAAAUGACUCAAGAAGGAAUAAGAAAAAUUUUCGUCCUCGAAGAGUCUCUCACAUGAACCAAAUAACAACGAGACAAAUUGUCAUUCCUGAUUUACAUAAAUCUAAGGAUACCAAAUGGUCAAGAACAAAAAGUGUUGAAAUUCUUCGUUCAAAAUCAACGUCAACCAUUCCAUCGACAAAGAAUUUCUCCCAGCCACAUAAAGCGGAAGAAAAACAAAUUGAAGUCAAAUCUAAACAAGAACAAGGAGUUUCUCAAGAAAUAGUUCGUGUUCGUCGUGACUUAUUCGCUUCCCCUUCAAAAUCUGCUCGGAAAAAGUCGAAUGUUUCAUUAAUUCAACGGAAGGAAAACAAAUCAAACAAAGGAGUUGUUCGUAGAGCUGCCGAGGAGAGACGACUUCGAAGAACCUCCGUCAUUGACACUCCCAUCGCCAAACAAAGACUCACGGCACUAGCGAGGCAGAGUUUAAGGAUGAGGAAGAGCUUCGAAGGAUCGAAUCCAACAUCCGAGGAGAUGGUGGUGGAAGAAUCGCCGAUGAAGAAAGAUGAUCAGGAUCAUGGGGUCGCUCGUAACUUGAAACUAAACAGGAGUCCCCGCCAUUCAAUCAUGUUGACCCGUCGUCAUUCCUUCUAUCGGGACGAUGCGGGGUUCAAAUCCCGCACCGUGGCACGAGCAGAGAUUGUCCAUCAACACAACGAAGCUGCUCCCCCAACUCCCAGUGUUUCCAGAUUCAAAAACUCCACCAGUGAUGCCGCACCAGUUGUCCCGUUUUCACCUGCCAGCUUGCUCUUUAAAUACACGAGCUCAGGGCAAAGGAAAAUGGAACGUAAAUGCGUGACUGAACAACCACAAAGAACAAGGCGGAGAUUGCAACUUGUACCAACUACAUUAGAUGCAGAAGAGUUGAAACCAAUUGCUAAAAACCUUUUUGCGACCAACCUAAGCCCUGAGAAACCAUCCGUUCCAACCACUAUAUCAUCUGCUUCUAUAUCUGAUUUAAUAUCCUCACCUUUAGUGAUUAAAAACCAUAAGCAACCAUCUAAAGUAGUUGAUGCUACCACAGCCACUACCAUCACACCAGCCAUUCCAACACCAUUUGCAGCUUAUCAAGAAAACACCAUUGAUGACGUAUUUUCAUCACCAGUUAAACUACCACCCCAGAAAACACCACACAAAGAGCCAGUAUCAUGUGUUCAAAACCCUUCCAAUGUUUCUGAAACCAUGACCCCCCCAAACAAGCGAAUACAACGACGUUCUCCACGAACUUUUCAAAAUGUUUCUCCCACCGCAACAAAAAUGACGGGACCAAUCGAUAGUUUUGUUAUCCGCACGCCUACAUCAUGCAAGAAACCUCAAAGUAGAUGCCCACCCCCACCUUCACUACUGAAACGUAAACCCUCCCCUAUCGGUGACCACAUACAGAAAUGGCCGCGGAAAAAGCGACUUAACUCAUCUCCAAACAAUCCACCGAAGAGAAUCCGGAAAGAAAAACUUGAGAAAAUUUUCGACUUUGAUUUAGAUACUUCACAAAUACACCCUACCGACAAAGAAUUUCCCAACACAACAGAAAUUCACCACACACCUGUUAAAUCACCUAUAGACAGUCCUGACGGAGUCUAUAUUAUAUCAGGCACUGACAACCAGCAGAUGAUCAGAAGAUUUCCAAUGAACUCAGUUUCGAAUGUGGAUCAGAAUGAACAUCUAAUCCACCCGAACCCCAGCCCAUGCAAACGUGCAGUAACUCGUAGAACACCAAGCAAAUUUCUAACAAACUAUGAAGAUAUUGGUGUUAGACCUUUUGAAGAUCUUCCACUUUUAAACAGACGCAUGUCACCUCGUAAAAGACUUGGUAGCACGUUAUUUCACGCAAAAAUCGGUUCCCCUUUAUCGUCUAAAAGCAUCCCAAUGAUGUUACUUCACGAUGAUGUGGAUUCUUCAUAAAUAUGCUCGUUAUGAGUUGUUUCAAUUAUUUAUAUUCAACGUUUUUGAUUAUUUGUGAGUAAGAUAUUUUUGUAUUUGUUUUGUAGUGCUCAGAGUGCAAGAGAGAUUUUAAUGUGUUAAUACAAAAAUGAUAUUA